AUGGAUAUAACAUCAGAAACGAGUAAUAUAUCUAGAGCAAGUGUUAGAAGUAAUACAUUAUUUUCAGGGGAUUUAAAUCAACAAGCUAUAAGUCAAAAUGUUCAAAGGGAAAUCUAUAAACAAUUAGAGUUAUUAUUGUUGAAAAAGAAAGCGGGUGAAUCCAAAGUUACAAUUCGUCAAGGUUUAUUAGUAACUAUUCCCCAAGUUGAAAAGGUAUCACAGCUUUCACCAAGUAAUGUAUCACAUUCUUUAGAGGUUUUAUCAAAUGUUUUGGUUCAAAUCUCCAAACAAUCACUUCAUUCAGUUUGUGAGGUUUUAAUUAAAAUGUGUGAUCCUUAUUUGGAUGAUUUAAAUCAUUCAAUCAAUUCAUCCACAAAAAAUAGUAGUAAAGAUUUACCAUCAUUCAAAGAUGAAUCAAUUGAAUCUGAUAUUGAAAUUAAUUCAACUCCAACUCUAAAUAUAUCAUCCAUACUAUCGUCAAAUUCAAUAACUUCACCUUUAAAUUCACCUAGUACUUCAUUAAUGACUCAAACUUGUACAGAAAUUCAUUCACCAACAUCUGAAUUAACCAUAACAGGAAAAUCAGAUUUAAAUUCAUCAACAUCAUCAUUAUCUUCAUUAACAAGUGCUUCUGCUUUAGUAUCACCAAACAUAACCACCACCACCACCACCACUGUAACAACACCACCAACACCUUCCCCAAUUUUACAACAACAACAACAACAACAACAACAACAACAACAACAGGAUGAAGAUAUUUUCAAUUCAAUUAAUAAUAAUAAUAAUGAAAUAUAUCAAUUCACAAAUAAUUUAAAUUUAAAUUUCUCAAGAAAUACAAAGAAUGAUUUUAAACAAAUAUCAGAGGAUACACCAUUAUAUCAUUUAUUAAAUACAAUAUAUAUGGUAUUGGAAUCACAUAGACCAAUUAAUAGUUACAAUGGUAAAGAGUUUGAAAUUUCAGAGGUUGAACAAUUAUCAAGCUUACCACCAAAAGUUAUAAGUUUUUUAUUUAAUUUAUUGAACUAUCAAUUUACACCAGCAAUUAGAUAUAAGGCUGCUAGUUGUUUAAAGGUCAUUUCAAAUACUUCUUUGGAAACUAUCACUCAAUUCUAUAUUAAUAAAUUACAACAAGGCCCACAAGGUGGUUCUGGUGGUAGUGGUAGCGGAGGUAGUAAACAAUCUACUGAUGAUUUCUAUAGAGAAUAUUCAACAUUUCAAAAGAGUACCAAAUAUUUAGAGUUUGGAUUUCAUAGAAAUAGUCAAAUCGAAUCAACUUGUCAAUAUUUUGCAAAGUUAUUAUUGGAAUUGGAAAAGGUAUCACGUGCAGUUUUCAUUCAAUCCAUUUGUUAUACCCUAUGUCAUAGUUAUCCAAGAAUGUUUAAUCAAUAUACAAACUAUCAAAAUGUACCAGAAUCAUUUUGGAAUAUAACACAAAAGAUCUAUGAAAUAAUAUUGAAAUGGUCAAAAAAGAGUAGUAAAUUAAAGCCAAUCUCUAUUAGAACCCUAUUUGCAAUGGUUGGUUCUAGAUCAGAGUUUUUCAUUGGUAGAGGUGGCGAUUUGUUAAGUCUAUGGUCAUCAACCUAUAAAGAGACCUCAAAUAAACAACAUAGAAAGAGUUAUUUAGAAUCAUUGAUUCAAUAUUUUACCAAUGUUAAGCAAUUGUUUGGUACUGAAUCAAAGGCAAGCUUUUAUCAAUCACAUAUCGAUAUCAUUUUACCUGUAAUUUUACCAAAGAAAUCCACACCAUCACCCAUUGAAGCCUCUUUGAUAUUGGAGAUUCUAAUUGCAAUGGGUAGAUUUAGUCUUUCGAUUGUUGUCUCAAAAUAUUUACUCUCAAUGUUAAGUAUGGCACCUGGUUCAACCACUAAAACCAAUACCGAUUAUUCUUUAGAAUCAAAAGCUAUCGUCUUUAAGAUGAUCUAUCGUUUACAUUGUGAAUUCCCCGAGCAAAUUCGUUACUAUGAUCGUACACUUUGGUCAACUUUGGAUGUUUUAUUUGGUGCUUACGAUGGUGAAUCAACUCCAAUCAAAUAUUUACUCCUAUUGUUCCCCUCCCAUUGUUCUCACGAGAACCUCAAAGAGAUUGCCGAUAAAAUCACCAAAUGGACUUGGCAUUCAGAAUUGGAUAUUGCUACCAUGUCAACUAUUGGUAUCACAAAGUAUUUAGCUAAUCAACCACACACUACAUUUCCUUCGAUCCUCUUACAAAUGCUCACCUAUAUCACAAAUUAUUUCGGUGAGCUAAGUGGACUUUGCAAGGUUGUAAAGAAUAUGUGUAUGAUAAUGCAAGAGUUUAUCGGUUUUCAUUAUUUACCAAAUAAAGAGAGAAAAAUGUCUGCAUCAACUGGUAUCGAUCAAACCACUUGGAAAAAUCUAAGAGAUACUUGUGAAGGUGUUUCCCUAUAUCUACUCUCAUCUUGUAUUACACCACUUUGGUCAGAGGUAUUUGAAUUCAUUCAAUUGACUGGUCAUGAAAUUUUUAGAGAGAUUGAUGCCUCUUUGAAAUGUUCUUAUUUGGCCGAUUAUCUACCAUUAUCCUCUGCUAGUGGAAACAAUCCUCUUGUAUUAUUACCUCAACAACAAUUAACAACCAUCUCUCAAUUGAUUCCAACCUUAAAUCAAGAUCUAUCCAAUUUCUUAAUAACUCACAAAGGUGAUCUUUCAAAUUGUAUUAGUUGGGCUUGGGCAAGACUUAGAAAAAGAUGGCAUCCAAAAUCACAACCAAUCGGUUGGAAAAAUAAUUUAGCUUUCCUUUUAUUUUCUCUACGUUUAAAUGUUGAACAACCAGAGUUAACCUCAAUUGAGGAUCAAUUGCUAACAGAGGUUUUAACUUGUUAUUUCCAAGAGAGAGAAGGUCGUACCAAUGAGGAACUUUGCCAAUUAAUUGCUGAUAUCUCACUCUAUCUUCAUCCUUCAUGUUAUGAUACCGUAUUUAGAUUCAUUGAACAAGAACGUGGUAGAGAUUUAAAGAGAAAAAAGAAAGAAGUAUUCUAUACUCAAGAUCAUGUUAUCACUUAUGCAAGUCAAUUGGUUGAAAAACUUUCACUCACUGAAUAUGAUAAUAUACCUUCCAUUCGUACCGCCCUAAGAGAAAUGACUUAUUUUUGGAUUACAAAUAAUCAAAUAUUUAAAGAUAUUUCUUUACCAGUUAGAAAACAAACUGGUAAAUUAUUUAAAAAAUUUUUAUUAUUAGAUAGCAAAUCAAAAUUACCAAAGAGUGAAAUUUCAUUAAAUAAAGCAAGUUAUACAAAAUUAAUAUUUCAAUGUUUACAAGUUUUAACAGAUAAUUGUUUAAGAGAUUCAACAUUAUGUGAAUUAGAGAUAAAUGUUCAUCAAUGUUUAAAUACUUUAAUAUCAGAAGCAUGUUUAACCGAUUUUAAAAAAGAGAUUAUUCCAUACCUUCAAAGAUCAUUCAAUAUGGGAACUCAUGUUCAUCCAAUGGUAGCAGAUAACCUUUCAAUCUUUUUAAGAAGAUCUCCAAAAUAUUUGAAUGAAUACAUCGAGAAAUCAUUUGAUAAUGAAAAUCAUCCAGUUGGUUCAUUAUUGUUUUUAAGAGCAUUGGUAUCAGAUUUUUCAUCAGAGAACUACUUAAAAUGGAAUCAUAAUUGUCCACCCGAAAGAUUGGCUUUACUAUGUCUCUUCCAUAUGGUAUCAAACGAUGAGAGAGCAAGAUUACUCUCCAUUCAAUUAUCAAACGAUUUGGCAAUGCGUGAACCAAACUCUGAAGAACUAACAUCAUUACAUGCUCACUUUCAAACUGUGUUUAGUAAUAAUCUACCAUUGCAUAUUUAUUUACGCUCAUCCCUUUUAUAUAGUAAUUCGAUGAGUACAAAAUAUCCAUGGGUGACACCAGGUCUCUUUGAGGAAUGUGAACAUUUCUUUAAACUUUUACCAUUCAAUCAUAAACAAACAAUGUUAACUCUAUUGGCUCCAUGGACUAGAAAUUUUUGGUGGGUUUUAUCAGUUGGUGAAGGUCUCUCUAAAAAGAGUCCUUUCCAUUUGUUAGAGGCAUUAUUCAGUUUAACCAUUCAAGCAAAACAAAGUUCCCUUUCAAAUCUUUCAUCAAUUGAAGUUUUAUGGGGUGAAUUAAUUAGUUCAGGUGAUCAUUCUUUCAAUCAAAGUAGUGGUAGUGGUAGUAGUUCUACAGUUAAUCCAAUCUCAACAAUCACUCAAUAUACUAUCGAUUUCCUUAUGGAGAAAUAUCAUUAUCAAGAAAAUGAAAGAUCAAAUAAAUCAUUUGAAUACUCUUUAUCCGACUCUAAAGAUGCAUCGAAAAUGAUUAUGAGCUUUAUUUCACGUAGAUCCUCAACUCAUUGGUCAUUGGUAAUUCAACAUAUGAUAAAAUAUCUUAGAGUUUAUGAACCAUUACCUUUAUCACCUAUUGAUUUUAGUAUUGAUACCAUUAAAUUGGGUGGUAUUAAAUCAAUGCCAACUAAUCAUCAUAAUUUAGAGGAAAAAAAGAAAGAAAAUCAUCUUUUAUUAAUUUCAUUACAAGAGAAACAACAAGAGCAACAACAACAACAACAACAACUACAACAAACAACAACAACAACAACAGAACAAACUCAACAACCUACUAUCAAUCCAAUUGAUAAUGAUUAUAUUUUUGAAGAGAAAAUUCAAUUUGAUAGAUUAUCAUCAAUUCAAACUGAAGAAGCAAUUCUUGGCUUCUUUGAGGAUUUAUCAUUUGAAUUUCAAUUUCAAGAUAUCAUUACAAUACCAACAUUGAUUCCAAUGUUAUUAUCAAAUCUAUUGUUUGUUUAUGGACCAUCCAAUCAAAGUGCAAACCUUGAUACAAAGAGAACCUUAAACAAUAUUCUUUUAUCAUUGAUUAUUCAACAAACAUCAAUCUCCAAAGAUAUUAAAGCCGAUUGCACAUUAUUGAUCGAAUCCGAUUGGAGUACAUGGAAAGAGAAACAAAAGACAAUGUUAAUCAAUGUAUUACGUGUUGGUUUAGGUGAUUCUAUCCUUGACAUUUGGGAAAACAUUUCAUUGCAAUUCAGUGUUAGACCAUCACAGAUUUCAAUUUGUUUAUCGGCUUUGGAUUGGUAUGGUGGAAUUAGAGCAUCACUUUUAUCAAGAAAAGAUGGUAUGGAUGGUUUACUUGGUCUAUCAUGUGGUCUAUGGAGUGCAUCUUUAAUGGGUGAAAUGGAGAUUUCAUAUAAAAUUCUAUCUCUAUUGACAAACAUCGUCUCUAGUACCGAUGUCAGUGGUGGCGGUAGUGGUAAAUUACCAAAUCAACUAACAGAGACUUCCUAUGCAAUCAUUGUACGUUUAGCUUCAAUUUUACUACAUACAUCUUAUCUCUCUCAAUUCAAUGGUGUUAUGAUCCUUUUGUACAAAACUAUGCAAUCAUUAGAAUCAACUGCCAAUACAAACCUUCAAUCACGUAUGACCGAAGAGAUGAUCGAUAUUCUCUGUAGUGGUUUAAAGUUGGAACAAGUUGUCAAUCGUGGUAUUGGUCAUCCUCAUACUUCUAUCUUAACAUUAUGGUUCGCUAAAGAGACUACACUUUUCCUUGAAAAGAAAAAAGGUGAUCAAUCACCUUCGAUUUGUUGUGCAGUUAUUUUGGCUGCUGCUUGUAUGGUAACAAUGUCACCAGAUGAUCCAAAUACAAAAGAUUUUCUAGAGUAUCUCUUUGAAGCACCACUUUCAACACCAAUUCAAAAAAUGUUACCAACUUUAUAUCCCUACUAUCAUUAUAGUAUUGCAAAAACUCAAGGUGCAACACCGCUACCAAAGGAUUCAACCUCUCAAUUGGCAACAACAUUAUGUUGUAAAUUCAUUGAAGAAUUCCCUGAUACUCCCGAUUUAAUUAGUGGUUUAAUUUCAACUGUCAAUGAUAUCACCAAAUCAUUGGUAGAGGUUGGUGGUAAAGAAGAAGAUGCAUCUUUCCUCCUAUUCUUUAUCAAUGAAUUACUUUCAAAAUAUGCUGUUCUUCAUCAAUCCGUUUCAAAUAUUCAGUCUAUGGUACUCGUUGAAUAUACCCAACUCAUGAUUGAUCUUUCGCAACGUUCAACCUCUUCUGCCACUAGAGAUGAAGCCCAAAAAUCAAUUCCAUUCAUUCUUCAAAAUAUUCCACCAGGUCUUCAAUUGGGUGCUUUUGAUUUCCUCAAACAAUAUAACAAAAAUGGUAUUGAACCAAACUACUAUGGCACUUUUGGUUUACACACUGAUCAAGAUAUCAUUAACAAUGUUUACACUUCUCUCUAUUUAAUAAAUACCUAUCUCUAUGCAGUUCCUUCUCCUUCCAAUACUGAUUUAAAUCCAUUAAUGAAAAAAAUAAUUGAUAAAAAUUAUUCAUUUAAUCCAUCAUCGUCAUUGUCAUCAUCAAAUGGUAGCGGAAAUAAAUUGUCAAAUAGUAAUGGAAGUAAUUCAGGUAAACUACAACCUCCACACCUUUCCAAACAACAAUCCCUCUACAAACAACAAUUUCAAUCCUUCCAAUUUUCCUUUAAAAAGAAAACAGACAUUCCAAAACCAAGCCAAGUUUUACACACACCACAACCAACAAAACCACAAAUCCCCUCUGAUCCAAUCUCCCUUAAAAGAGAACAAAGCUCCUCUGUCAUCCCAAUCGUAACACCACCUUCUCCAGUAUUGGGAAGUAGUAGUGGUGGUAGUGCCUUUAAGAAACCAUUACCAAUCAUGACAAAAAACCUAAGUGAACAAAGAUUAACACCACCAACUCGUCCUUCAACUCCACCUCCAAGCGCCUCAAAUCUAUCCUCUCCACAAAAACCUUCAUUAUCCUCAAAUGGUACAACCAUUCAACCACCACAAUUACCUCCAAAAAGACAAAAACCAACUGUAUCAACUUUAAAUCUUAAUCAAUAG